AUGGCACAACCCCUGCCGGCGAUCUCCAAUGUUCCACCCGAGGUGCACAACUUAUUCAUCGACGAGUUACGCGACGACAAAGCGAGCCUUGUGUCUUGCGCGUUGGUCUGUCGAGCAUGGAACCCCUACAGUCGCCGCCAUCUCUUUCACAGCAUCUGUGUCAUAGAAAAGGAGCACCGAAACGUGGCAGCAUUCCUGAAGCUACUGAACAGCUCAGCGGAUGUGCACCCGCAUAUACAUGCCCUGACCCUGCGAGCAUGGCCUCCUGUCCCGAUGGAUCCCAUUUACUGGCGUUGCGGUACCCGCGAAGCCAGCAAGCCUAGCAUUCCUCUCGACUUGCACGUCCUGGCAACGAUUCUCUCAAACCUACCUAAUCUCCAGACAUUGCGCCUGUUGGAGUUCGCAUACACAUACGCCCCUGAGUACGGUCUCCCACAGACGGCCUUCAAGAUAGAGGAGCUCUCUGUGCGGCAAACCCCUCGGCAGCGCGAAUGCUCCUUCAAGACGCUCGGAGUGCUUGCUCUCUUCGCUGAAGUGGACAGGCUCUGCUUGGAAGAUGGGUCACGGCAUGACUGCGAUCCGAGGAAUGACUUCACCAGAAGGCCGGAGCACGAGUUGCUGAGUAUGCCCAAACCCCGGGUCCAUAAUCUUACUUUCGGCUGGAUCCAGGAGAUGGACUACUAUUGGCGUUACCUGCUCCCCUCGUCAUCGUCAUCGACCCUCACUGGGCUCGGGGCGGUAUUUAAGCACAGCAAGGACUUCGGGGCCUUCGGGACUGUACUGUGCAAGGCCAGACACAGCAUCCGCUCUGUGGAGCUCCGCAUAACUUCCAGUUUCAUCGCCAAGAAUUUGAAGGCAAAAUGUUUCGGAAUCGAUCUGUCCAAAUGCCCGUCCCUUGAGUCUCUCGUUCUCGGCUUGAACCUGGUGGGAGAAAACAACCCGCUAUGGCCAGUAUACACGCACCUUCUCCGCCACGCCCCCCACACGCUGCGCGAGAUCAUCGUUCGCGUGUCCGUAAUGUGGCUGUACUCCACUUCCAAAUUCUUUGCCGCGUUGCAGAGUCUCGACGGUGCGGCGAUGGACAAAGUGUUAGGUGUGCGCGAAGAGCUUCGGGCGGUGAAGUUCGAGUUCACAUGGGAUGACAGGGAGAAGAAUAUUCCUGUGCACACGGCGCCACACCCUGACGUCGAUUCAUACCUUGUUACAGCUUGUCGCGACAUACUGCAAGAGAUGCUGCCCACGAUUCACGCGAGAGGCUUGCUGCGCGUUCGUUGA